AUGCUAAAUAUUGCUUCAACCAUUGCAUCUAUUAUCAAACACAACGCAUCUACCCUUCCCACCACCGCAUCUAUUGUCAAAAAAAAAUUUUCUAUUGUUCCUGUCAUUUUAUCACCGAUUUUCACUUUUUCUCUGCCGAUUGCCACCAUCUCUAAAUCAUCGCCAAACAUGUCGCAAUUGUUGCCUACUAAUUGCAUGCAAAGUCUGCCACCCAAACUUGUGACGUUUUUAACCAGUAUGCAGUCACAGUUCAAUGCACUUAACGAACCUAAUGUCCGGCAGGAGAAUGCUGAUCUCCAAUCUCAAUUGUUGCAAAACAAUGUGACUAGUCCUGUUCCCAGCUUUGCCUCUCUUCCUGCAUCCCAGUCAACUGCAGAUCUUGGAACUACUGCCUCCACUUGGACCAUCAAAACAAACUUGAUUCUGUCAGCCAAGACACUUCGAGUUCCUUCUGCCCGCUGGGUUGCUGCCUCUCAAAGACUGUUCUCUGACAAAACUGGUCGUGAUGGUUUUCACUGCAAAAGACCACUGAUUUUAGUUCCUGAAAACCUGCAAAAAUUUUACUACAAUUUUCGAUUUUUAAUUUUUUUAAAUAAUUUCUAUUUUUUUCUGUUGUGA